AUGCCGCCGGCGCACCCACCCAUCAUUGAGAUCCUUGAUGACGACCCGGCAGAGAACGAGAACGAUCGGAAUGUCGACAGACUGAUCCGGCUUCGCGAGGAGUAUGGAGCUGUCCUGCACAAGCCCAUCAAGGUUGAGGACGAUUCGGGCAGUGACGGGAGCGAAGGUCCAGUGGACGCACCCGCACCCGCACCCGCGCCCGAGGCUGUCUACCCGGAAGCCAAGUCCUUCAUAGACCUCACACUCGCCGACGACGAUGACGACGACAAGGAAGCAGUCUCCCGGCCUCGGGCAGAAGGCCCUGCCCACCACCGCCCAUUGGUGAGGCCCCUCGAGGCUCACCAGACGAGACUCAACAGCUGCGUCGUCAAUGGCGAGACGAUCAAGGAAGGGCACCUCGUCGAGCUUCAUCCGCUCCAAGACUUCGCGCAGACGCUGUACGAGCAGGUGGAGUUUCUGGAAGUCCGCCAGAUCUUUAUAGAUGCCGACAAUACAAUCCUGCGUGGCGUUCCUUACAUGCGCACAAGGAAUAUGAACGCGCUGCUAACCCGGAAGCGCAAUGAGAUCUGCCGCUUCAUCCAGAGCGACGAGGGCGGGGAUGAGGACCAGGGCCAUAUCGACGUCGGCCCCGGCGACGUGGUCGGCGUCCGGAGUUUUAUCAUUACCAGCGCGCCAUGGCCCGAGUUCCGGGAUCUGGCCAACGAUAAUUUGCUUAUAUGCCGGUGGCAGUUCGCCAUCACCUACGCCUGCGCCGUCAACCGCCUUUCCGAGACGCGCCAAAAGGCCUACGAGAUGCGUCACCUGCGCGCCGCCGACGUGCCCAAGCUCCGGUAUCGGCGCGCCGACAAUGAUAACCUUGGGGCCUGGCGGGGCGGCAAGAUCCCCGGCGGCUCGUACUGUCUGCCCGAGGACGGGGCCAAGGUCGAGGAUGGCGGCGCCCUGGGCGAGCUACAAGAGGCCGGUGCUGCCAUCCGCGGCGGGCAAGACGACGGGCAGCGCCGGCAGUACGCGGCGGCCGACCUCUUCUGCGGCGCCGGCGGCACGUCCUGCGGGAUGCGCGCGGCCGGCUUUCGGGUCGAGUACGCGGUGGACCACUGGCAGCACGCGUGUGCCACCUACGAGCACAACUUCCCCACAACCGUGCUCUUCCAGCACGAAGUUUUCGACUUUAUCCAGGGGGCCGAGACCCUGCCCGUUGACAUCCUGCACCUUUCGCCCCCUUGCCAGUUUUUUUCGCCCGCCCACACGAUCGAGGGCGGUAACGACGAGGUCAACAGCGCCGCUCUCUUUUCGUGCAAGGCCGCGGUUGAAAAGCUCAAGCCGCGCGUUUUUACGCUCGAGCAGACCUUUGGGCUCGCCAGCGCCAGGGCGCACAAAGGCUAUUUCGCCGCCCUAAUCCACGGCUUUACCGAGCUGGGAUAUUCGGUCCGCUGGAGCCAGAUCCCCCUGGCCGAUUGGGGCCUCCCACAAACCCGCAAGCGCCUUAUUAUCAUCGGCGCGUGCCCGGGCGAACCCCUCCCCACCUUCCCGGAGCCCUCGCACGGCGGCAUGGCGGCGCGGUUCGGCGGCGAUCCCAAGACGGGCACAGCUGCACGACCUCUACUCCGCGGCGCUCGGAGGCCCCGCCCGACCCGCCUAGGACGCGGACCGGCUGGGCCAGACGGUGACCACGGCUUCCCGAUCGACUUCCACUUCAAGGGGUCCUGCGUCAAGAAGCAGAUCGGGAACGCGUUCCCGCCCUCGGUCGUCGAGCACCUGUUCCGCCACCUGAGGGAGCAGCUACGCAGGGCCGACGGACUCGACAGCGACGCGGAUGGCGGUGGUGGUGACGACAACAAGGCCGCCGUGGCGAGUGGCGCCGCCCAGCCCCAGAACGUAAAGCGUCGCCGGCGCGCCAGGAGCGCCAGCAUUGGCCUCGCGGCGGCCCCGGAGCGCGGUGAUGUCAAAAAGGAGAACCAGCCCCCCGGCGGCGGCAGCGGAGGCGGAGGUGCCGCCACCCCUCUGGAUCGCCCCCGUGCAGCUCUGGGCAACAUCACCAACGUCGCCACGCCUUCUCGCGGGCCCCGCACCACCCUCGGCAGCAUCAGCGGCGGCGCGGCAGCAACCUUCCCGGCCGCCCGCAGGCAGCAGAGGAAGAGGCGGCCCGAGAUGAUCGACCUCACCCUCAUCGACGACCGCCCCAUCCCCAUCCGGCUGUCGCCCGUGGCGACGCGGCACCCGCCGCUUCAGCAAGAGCGCAAGGACGCGGCGGCGCCUGUCAUUAUUGACCUAGACACAGAGCAGUCUCCGCGGGGCAUCAGCAACCCGCCAGCCGCGAUGACGGCCGAAGAGCACAAGCCACAGGAGGCCAAGAUCGAGAACGGCCCACCGGCCGCCGCCGCUGCCACUGCCAAAGCGGAGGACAAGGAAAACGAAGAGGCGGUACGGACCCGGAGCAGCAGCGGGUCGUCGACCGCCACGCUGCUGAACGAGCUGCCGGGAACGACAAGCCGAUACGCCGCCGGCCGCGACGCCCUGCCAUUGCCACUGCUGUCGCCGGGGACGGCCGAGCUGCUGGAUGAGGUGGCACAGCUGGCCAAGAAACACAUCGAAAACAGCGACGCCAGCCCGCCGUCGGCUUCCAAGACCGCGGUACUGGGCGAGCUGACCAACAUCACGAGCAAGUGGGACAGCAGCAGCAGCAGCAGCGCACGCUCAGCUUCGUCCUCCUCCUCGCGUGAUCCGCCUUCUCCGUCAAUGUGCGUGAAUGCGCCAUCCCCGUCCUCGGGCGGUCCCCCGAACGAGAACCGGGACGACAAGAACUGUGCUCCGGCCGGCGGCAAGAAGCGGCCGUUUCACUGUAUCGACCUCACCAACGAUGAUUAGAGACAC